AUGGAGCGGUCGCAGAGCCGCCUCAGCCUCUCGGCCUCCUUCGAGGCCCUGGCCAUCUACUUCCCCUGCAUGAACAGCUUCGACGAGGAGGACGCGGAUGGAGAUGGUCGGAGACUCAAAGGAGCCAUCCAAAGGAGCACAGAAACUGGACUAGCUGUUGAAAUGCCCAGCCGGACCGUCCGUCAAGCCAGCCAUGAAUCCAUUGAGGACAGUAUGAACAGCUAUGGAUCAGAGGGAAACUUGAAUUUCAGUGGUGUCCAUCUGGCAUCUGCUGGGCAGUUUAGCGACUUCCUGGGGAGCAUGGGCCCUGCACAAUUUGUUGGGCGUCAGACCUUGGCCACCACCUCGAUGGGGGAUGUGGAAAUUGGCUUACAAGAGCGAAAUGGGCAGCUAGAAGUGGAUAUCAUUCAGGCUCGAGGACUGACGCCAAAACCCGGCUCCAAAACACUGCCAGCUGCUUACAUUAAAGCUUACCUGCUAGAGAAUGGCGUGUGUAUUGCGAAAAAGAAGACAAAAGUGGCUCGCAAAUCAUUAGACCCUUUGUACAAUCAGGUGUUACUCUUUGCUGAGAGCCCCCAGGGCAAAGUAUUACAGGUGAUAGUCUGGGGAAACUACGGACGCAUGGAGCGCAAGCACUUCAUGGGAGUCGCCAGGGUGCUCCUGGAAGAGCUGGAUUUGUCAACUUUAGCAAUUGGCUGGUACAAGCUCUUCCCAACCUCCUCAAUGGUGGAUCCCACUACAGGCCCGCUCCUCCGUCAGUCCUCACAGCUUUCCUUGGAGAGCACGGUGGGACCCUGCUGUGACAGGUCUUAG